CACACGGUUCUCACAUGAAAAUCUGUGUUUCUUGCUUCUUCACCUUUUGUUUCCCCAAAACAUGGCGGAGCAACUCCAUCCACCACCAUCAGAAGGGCACGAACCACCACCACCACCCCAACCCGCACCAGAAACGACUGAAAUUCAACCCAACCAAGAAUCUCAUGCCCUAGCAAUUAUCCCCGUAGAACACAGUCUUCUUUCUACGGAUCCUGAAAUCGAAGAAUGGGAAACAAAACUACGAGGUUGGCUUCAUACAGUACCCAAACGAAGAAACGUAUCUGCGGAAGAGAUGGAAUCUUGGAUCAGCUCAAGUGGAAUUCCAUUACCUCAACAACUCCAAUCUUUACAUCGUCUUGAACUUUAUCAAAGAGUUCUCAAAGUUCAUAAACUUAUUCGUCGCCCUAAUCAGGUGAAGGAAGGUGGUUCGCUAGAUCAGUCACAAGCUCGAUUUCAAAGAACUGAUCAGUGGAUACCAGUUUAUUCAUGGUUAGAAUCAUUGGAGAGAAAUGAGGUAGUUAAAUCUAAAGAAAUUACCGAGUGGUUAGAUGAUAAUCCCGAGAUUAAAGAUAACUUGUAUGGAAGACAUUCUCGUUAUCAUUUGAUGCAUUAUAUUCAGAAGUGUCACAUGAAGAUAUUGAUGAGACAAGGCAAAAUUCCAAAGGUAGUCAAAAAAGUCUCCUCCCUAGUAACCCCAGUUAAGUUCCUCAGCGACACAGUGAUACAGGCCCCUAUUGCUGCAUCCCCAGCAACUCCAGCAACUCCCUUGAAUACCAUUCCCAACGGUGUGACGCCACCUUCUAUGACAACGCCACAGCCAAAGGUUCUUAACAGCACGGUGACACCGUUAGCAACUCCUCUGUCUCUUCCAGACAAUAUCUCAAGCAAUCUAUUUAAAAGUAAUGAGGUUGCCUUAGCUAAAUAUGGUGAAGCUUUAAGCAAAUAUGAACUGUUAACUGAUUUGGAGAACCACCUCACCAGUCUCGUGUCAAGACAUAAACAGGCAAUAAACGGCUAGGAUAUUGAUGCAUGGAUAAUGUAAAUAGUGUUAGUGGGCUGAGUUUGUAAAACUUAAUGCACACUUAUACCAGGAACACUGUUCUGAAUGAUUCCUUUGCACCAUUCUGAAAUAGGCUCUUCCUUCCUUGCUCA